AUGGAGAAAGCGCAAAUCGAGAUGGAGAAGAAAAAUUUGCAGAGAAGAAGUUCAAGAAUAAGUUUUUCAGCCAGGUUACCAGAAGAUGUUUGUGGGGCAUUUGCAGAUUGUAUUUGUGCAGUGAAAUAUUCCUCAGAUCCAAUUUCUGAUAUAAGAGAAUCCAUAAUCCAAGUCAUACAAAAUGUGGGAAUUCAAGAUUGGAAUCAAAUGGAGGAACUGAUAUAUUGUUACAUUGCUCUAAAUUCAUCAGAGGUUCAUAGUUUUAUUCAAAAUGCUUUUCUCAACCUAACUGUUUCUAGUGAUAAUACGGUGUAA